CACAUAACAGCCAUUCUGAGGUUCUCUGGGUUUUAUGACAAUGGGAUUGAUGGAUUUUGUUUGUGUUGUAUAUUUUCUGCUUAUUGUAGCUGGCUCCUCUUUGGCACAGUGGCCAGGUUUUCAACAAGGCAUAGAUCCGAUAAGAUUCCAACAGUCUCCUGUUUUUGUUGCUCGGCCAGCUGUCCAAAAUCCACAGGCAUCAGCUUUGAGGUUGCCUGUGAUGAGCUCUACUAGAGUAGGACCAUGGAAGUUUCAAGAACCUGAUAGUAGUCAGUCCAAACAGCUAAUGCAGGCUCCUAUGGCACCUCUGACCUGGCAUUUUCCUGUAGUGCCAGAAGAGCCCAAACAGCCACCUGUGCCUUUUGAGUUACGUGUACCGACCCCUACACAGAGUAUUGCCGCACAAUGUGGAGAGAGCGCUGUACAUGUGGAGGUUAAGAAAGACUUCUUUGGUACUGGUCAGCUGGUGAAUCCUUCUUUCCUCAGAUUAGGAGACUGUGCAGCUGUAGGGGAGAAUCCAGAAGCUCAAGUGCUCAUCUUUGAGUAUGAGCUCCAGGCAUGUGGCAGUUCUCUGACUAUGACUGAUGAUGAGCUGGUCUAUAAAUUCACCCUCUUUUAUACUCCUGAGGCUUUAGUAGGAACUCCCAUUGUAAGAGCUGAUGCAGCAGCUGUUGGAAUUGAGUGCCACUAUUCAAGGUUGCACAAUGUAAGCAGCAGUGUUUUGAUGCCCUCCUGGGUUCCCUUUGCUGCUACAAAGGUUGCAGAGGACAUUUUGGUGUUCUCUUUGAAGCUCAUGACUGAUGACUGGAUGUUUGAGAGGCCCUCCAAUCAGUACUUCUUAGGGCAGGUUCUGAAACUUGAAGCUUCUGUAAACCAGUACAACCAUAUUCCUCUGCGCAUCUUUGUGGAUGGUUGUGUGGCUACUGCGGUCCCUGAUAUAAACUCCACUCCAAGAUAUUCCUUUAUUGAGAACCAUGGGUGCCUGGUUGAUGCAAAGCUUACAGGUUCUACUUCCAGUUUUAUGCGUCGAGUUCAGAAUGACAAACUCCACUUUCAGUUGGAGGCUUUCAGAUUUCAGCAAGCAAAUGGUGGCCUGGUCUAUAUCACCUGUGCUUUGAAGGCAGUUAUGGCUUCAACCCCCAUAAGUCCAGAGAACAAGGCUUGCUCCUUUAACAAUGGAUGGCUUUCUGCAGAUGACAAUGAUCAGGUGUGCAUGUGCUGUGAUACCUCAUGUGGCUCCGGCAGAAAAGUGGGAGCACUAUCUGAUUCAGGCCUUGUUUCAGAAGGGAAGGCGAAAAUUGGCCCUAUUAUAGUGUCUAAUUGAUGUGAGUUGUAAGUGGCCAAUAAAGACCUGAAACGGA